AUGGCGACCACAAACACGCGUCGCUCGACGCUCGCCGCCAUCGAUGCGAACCAGAACAACGGUCACAUUCCGUCCGCACUUCCCGUGCCAACAUCCGCCGUCAAGUCUGUAAAAACCCUCUCCAGCGGUUCCUUCCAGCCUCGCGCCUCUAUGAUUCCACAGCAAUCCAAUCCGGUUCGCCAGGCCAGCGCCACCACCACCAACGCAAGAGAUGCCCAGCAAACCACCCAACAUUCGGGUCCCGUCCACUCGGCUUCUCAGAGCGGACGCCGUGGUGACUCGGGCAUGUACGCCGGAAGACAGAGCGUCGCUUCCGGUGGUCGCCAGAGCGUUGCAGUGACUGCAACUCCCAACUCGAGAAGGUCCAUUGUCGGCCGUCUCUCCAUCGCGCCCGGAAACAUUGGCAACACUGCUGGCUCAGGUGUAAGGGAAACCAGGCCUAUCAAGGACAAGCAGUACAAGACGCGCAUGGGUCUCACCGUCAAAGAGCACCUCGAACGUACCGGCUUCACCAUGGCCGGCUGGGAUGCCAACAAGGGCGUCCACGAGCCUACCCAAUCCGCCUUUGUCGGCAUGUUUAAGCACAUCUACGCCAGCUGCAUCGACACCAACUUUGUCAUGGGCGCAGAUGGCAAAAAGUUCGAAGACGAGGUGCUCACCUUGAUGAAGGAGAUCAAAUACCCUGCCGCCGACGAGCUCAGCAAGACAAAACUCACAGCGGCCGGAAGUCAGAGCCAUUGGCCCUACUGUCUCGCCAUGCUCGAGUGGAUGGUCAACCUUGGCAAUCAGGCAGAGACCAUCGGGACCGGGCCUAGAUCACGCCCUGACGAAAUUGAGGACCUCCAGUCGCUCUUUUUCCCCUAUCUCUGGGACUGUUACGACCGCUUCUGGCAGAACGAAGACACCUACCCCGAGGAGCAUGCCAAGCUCGGUGUUCGCUUCGAGGACAAGAACGCUGCGAUAGCGCUCGAGCUCAAGGAGUUGCAGGAAGAGCAUCGCAAACUCGAAGCAGAGCUCGCCGACUACGUCAACAACGACUCUCCGCUCAAGAUUGAGCGCAGCGAAAACGACAUGCUCACCAAGGACAUCUCCAAGUUUCACAAGUACUACGACGAGGUGCUUGUGCCCAAGCUUGACAAGACCAAGAAAGCCAUCGAGAGGCUCAUCAAGGAGAUUGCUCUUGCCGAAAAGGAGAUCGACGACAAGAACAAGCGCCGGGUCGACUUGCAAGAGCAGGUCAACGCUCAGGAGAUGUCGGCGGAAGAGUACGAGAGGAUGUUGGCCGAGAGAAACCGUCUGACCAGGCGUCUCGAAGUGCUAGGAGAGCAGAACAAGAAAGCCGCUGGCGAUGGAUGGUCUCUCGAGAUUGCCAUUGCCAAGAAGCAAGCCGACACGGAAGACCGAAUCUCGAAAUUCAACCCAUUGGCGCGUUCCAUCUCGCUACUGCCAUUCAAGCUGGUCUCUGGGAGCGUGAUCGAGGAGCUCGAAUUGACGCCUUCGAACCCAUCCUCGAUGCUGCAAUCGGGUGUAGACAUCAAGGGAUCCUUCCGUCGACAAAUCGAAUCAUUGCGAUCGCAGGAGGCCGACAAGUAUCGGCAUGCGUCCAAGAAGCGACUCACGAUGCAGGAAGAGUACGAGAAGCUGCAAGAGGCUCUAUCCGAGCAAGAGACUCAGCUGGCCUCUGACCGGGAACGAUGCGAAGCGCUUUCGCGGCAAGCGACCGAGUACGAGAAGAGCUGCAAAACGGUGCAGGAGCGAUACAAGGCCGACGAGGGCAAGCUGGAGAGGUCGACCUACGAGACCGAAGCGUCAGGCAGUGUACAUCUGCAACAAGCCGAAUCAAGACUGACAAGUCUGCAACUCACUGCCGAACACAAGGAAGACGAGUGGAACCAGCAACGAUCGCGAAUGGACGAAGACAUGCUCAACUUUGUGGUGCUUCUAAGCAAGAUGAAGGGCGACGUGACCGGGCAAUUGCGCGAAAUUCAAGCUGCUGUUGCUCUCAAGAGCCGCGACGACUAA